UGACAGUCGCCGUCAUAGGAAAAAUCAGCUGACGUGGAGCAAGACGCAGCCUGAAACAUUGAUGCGCAAGCGAGAAAUGGAAGAAUCCAUGAACAACGAGAUCGGUCUCGAGAAUGUCGAAAAUUCGCAAUCAGACAUGAUUACUUCUCACAUCAAACAGCUUGUAACAUUAAGAAAAUCGGUCAAAAACUCCGAUAGAAAGGUACAAUGUUUAAAAAAGUAUAUGUCGAACUUGAUCGAGAGUAAUCGCAACAUUGAAACAAACUUGGAGAAACUAGAGGAAAACGUGUUCGACAUUGAUGCAAAGAUAACAGCAGCCACGAAAAUUCAUGACGUAAAGAAACAGGAAUUGAAGGAUUUGGAAAAUACUAGAGCGAAUACAUUGCGUAAACAAUGGGAUGAUUCUUUAUCGAAAAUAGGAAACUACGCGAAUGAUUUCUCCCAGUGGAUAACGGAAUAUUCGAAGGACGUCUUGAUGAAGGAUAUUGAAGAUCAUCAGAAAGAGUGCAAAAAGGUUGCCCAUGAAUUUGCAUUUUUGAAGAAAGAAGUGGAUGACAUGAGAAAAAAAUACGACUUAAAUUGUAUUGAAGCUAAUGUGGACAUUGAUGACUUACCGAAUCUUGAUACCGUAAUUUCUAAUAUCAAGUCAAGCAACAAUAAAUUAAUACACAAAACUAGAUCUAUGGAAGAUAAGUUAAACAAGAUACAGAAGAAGUUAAAGCAGUGCAAAAUUGCAGUUAACGAAUACAAAAUGAAGGAAAAUACGAAGGAAAAUAUGAAUAUAUUUUAAAAUAUAUAUGAUUUAAUAAAAAAAUUCUUUUUUUUAUCUCUUAAUAAAAAUGAAUUCAAACAUUUUAAGA